CUGCUCUUCAUCUGAGUAAACGCUGACAGGAUCGUGAGUGAAGAUUGGUCUACACUGGUGUAACAAUUUGCUUUGUCAAGAUGCAGAUCUUUGUGAAGACCUUGACUGGUAAGACCAUCACCCUGGAGGUGGAGCCCAGCGACACCAUAGAGAAUGUGAAAGCAAAGAUCCAGGACAAAGAGGGGAUCCCUCCUGACCAGCAGAGGCUGAUAUUUGCUGGUAAGCAGCUGGAAGAUGGUCGCACCCUCUCUGACUACAACAUCCAGAAAGAGUCCACCCUCCAUCUUGUCCUGCGUCUUAGGGGAGGCAUGCAGAUCUUUGUGAAGACCCUCACCGGCAAGACCAUCACACUGGAGGUGGAGCCCAGCGACACUAUCGAGAACGUCAAAGCUAAAAUCCAGGACAAAGAGGGGAUCCCUCCUGACCAGCAGAGGCUGAUCUUUGCCGGUAAGCAGCUGGAAGAUGGUCGCACUCUCUCUGACUACAACAUCCAGAAAGAGUCCACCCUCCACCUGGUGCUGCGUCUGAGGGGAGGCAUGCAGAUCUUUGUGAAGACCCUCACUGACCACAGCAUGGAAAAGAACACUGACCACCACUGGUAG